GAGAUGCCCUGAGGGCUGUUUGUCCUCCUCCCCGUUGGCCAAAGCAAGGCCAGACAAGAAGCAAGGGGUGCAAACUAACCAAGGAGAGAACCAGCCUAGAAAUAAGGAGAAAUUUCCUGACAGGGAUAACAAGCAGCCAUCGCUUAGGGAUGUUUUAAUGCGGAGGGAGGGAUUCUUUUGGUACCAUGAUGUUAACAAUGCUCGUUUCCAUCUUUUUUCUGUCAAUGGGGAUCUCCUGCAGAAAUUCUGGGAAAUUUCAAGGCAAAUCCAUGACUUUGUCACAUGGAAACAGGUGGAGUGUCCUUUCGAAAAGGACAGGAAGAUUCAGAGUUACCUGCUCACCGCACCUAUUUACAGUGAAGAAGCUUUAUUUAUUGCCUCAUUUGAAAGCGAAGGUCCAGAAAAUCACAUGGAGAAAGACAGCUGGAAGACUCUCAGGACAACGCUCCUCAACCGAGCCUGAGAAUUGGGACUUUUGGAUUUUAAAGCACAUUCUACAAACAAACACUGGUAUUUUUUUUU